AUGGCGUAUGCUAUACUCAAACGCCCGGUGAGAGUAGCCAAUUGCUCGGGAUACCAUGGCGACCCGGCGUAUGAAAUGUAUCGACAGGCGACUUUGGGAGAUGUGGACUUCAUCACUGGGGAUUAUCUGGCUGAGGUGAACAUGGCAAACAAUGCACAAGCCUGGAGGGCUGGGAAACAUCCCGGUUAUGAAGAGACUGCGUGGGAUGGUCUUCAGCAGACGAUCGACGUGAUUGCAGCAAAAGGCAUCAAGGUUGUGAUCAACGGAGGCGCCCUAGACCCGAAGGCUUUGGCUCUGAGGGUGCAAAAUCUGGUCUCGGAAAAGCAAUUAAGCCUCCGCGUGGCAUACCUUGCAGGCGAUGACCUGUAUGACCGUGUCGGACCAAACAUGCCUACGACGAAGGAUGGUCUCCUCCAUCUUGAUUCUGGGAAUCCCUCCGUGGUCCCACAAGACCUGACAUUCGCAUUUCUACACAACUCCGAGUCAACUCCCGUCCCUAUGGUAUCCGCACACGCAUACCUCGGAGCCCGUGGAAUCGUGGACGGUCUCCAGCGUGGCGCCGAUAUCAUCGUUUGCGGGCGUGUUGCUGACGCCAGUCCGGUCAUUGCUGCUGCUUGGUUCUGGUACGAUUGGACAGAAACAGACUAUAACCGGCUCGCGGGCGCCCUGAUAGCGGGACAUCUUAUCGAGUGCUCAGCGUAUGUGACUGGGGGCAAUUUUGCAGGUUUCGAUCAGUGCCCCCUGGAUGACCUUAUAGCUCCUGGAUUCCCGAUAGCGGAGAUUGAAGCGGACGGGUCUUGCAUUAUCACAAAGCAUCCGGGGACGCAGGGGAUGGUGAAUUCCGAUACCGUCCGGUGUCAGCUCCUGUAUGAGCUACAGGGGAAUGUCUAUUUGAAUAGCGAUGUAAGUGCACAUAUUGGAGAUAUAGUGGUUGAGGAGGUAGGUACAGAUCGGGUGCGUGUAUCUGGCAUCACCGGCUCUCCUCCACCUCCUACUACGAAGCUCGCGGUUUUCUAUCAUGGGGGAUAUGAAGCCGAGUUGCUGCUCAAUGCCACUGGCUAUGCUACUUCCAAGAAGUGGGAUCUGCUGGAGCGGCAGAUCCGUCAUUUCAUACCGCAGGAUGUACAAAAGGAGCUUGAAACGCUUGAAUUUCAGAGAAUUGGUGUCCCAGCAGAGAACCCCAUCUCUCAAACGCAAAGCACCACCUAUCUGCGAAUCUUCAUGGCCUCUCGCUUAGAAGGCGCCAUAGCUGCAGUAUCCAAGGCCAUGAAAGACAUUUCCUUAAAGCACUUUUCCGGUUUUCACGCUACUCUGGACACUCGUACCGCAGUCCCACGCUCAUUCCUGGCAUACUACCCUGCUCUUAUCAAGCAAUGUGAUAUGACCGAGUCGAUUAAUUUCGUUGAGCUCGACAAAAUAACGUCGUUUGACACCGGUCAUCCUCCGCACUAUGAGCAUCUUCCUCAAAGAGAAAGCUACGACCCCGAACCCUCCGAACCAGUCACCGGAUCUACCAAAUCCCUUCCCCUUGGCGACAUCACUCUUGCACGCUCAGGCGACAAAGGCGGCAACCUCAAUUUCGGCAUCUUCCCUAAGGACCAAAAGCACUGGUCAUGGUUACGCUCGUACAUGACUACUGAUAGGAUGAAAGGCCUUCUUGGUCACGAUUGGCGAGACGAGUUUUAUAUCGAGCGUGUUGAGUUCUCACGGAUAUGUGCCGUGCACUUUGUGAUCUAUAGGAUACUGGGAAGGGGAGUUAGUAGUUCCAGUCGGUUGGAUGGGUUUGGAAAGGGAUUUGCGGAUUAUAUUCGGGAUAAAGCCGUCCAGGUUCCUGUUGGUUUGCUGUAG